AUGGCUGGUAACUUUGUUGAAAGAGAAGACAAUGUGUUUGAGGAAAUUGAAGUUGAUGAAGGUGAAGUUUUGGUGGGAAAUAAAAAUACUGUGUUGAAGGAAAAUGAUGUGAUUGUGUUGGAUGAUAGUGAAAAAGAAAAUGAGAAGGUACAAGCAUUAUCUGUAGCAGAUGAAGCACACACAGCACAUAAAGGGAUCAAAGUUUACACUUCACAAUCUACAACUCCUGAUCAAAGGCGAGCACUUCUCUUCAAUGUUGGUGAACCAUUUGAAGUAUCAAUGAAUGAAUUUGAUAGUGAAUGUUAUAAAAACCACACCAAUAGUAAUUCUUGGAAGGCAUUUGCAUGCCGAUUAAUGAAGCAUAAUCAUUCAAGUGGUCGAAAGGAAGGAAUUCCUACUAAAAAACGUCGAAAAACAAAG